UAAAUAAAAAAACAAAAAAAAUAUUAAACCGAAAAACGAAACAGAAAAUAUUUGGCAAUAUAAACUACAAAAUUGCAACAGCUGUGAUCAAAAAUCCAGACUCCGACUGCUACACACCUGCUGCUGCUUAAGGAUACCAGUUUUUGAAACUGUAAAGAAACAAACAAAAAGGACAUCAUCAGGUAUAAGCAAAUACGAAACAAUAAAUACCAGCUUGCAUAUCACAAGCCAUUGAGCCCAUUUCGAACUCGUAAAUCUUAGCCUCGAGUGAAGUAAAGGAUCUAAGAUAAUUUACAGUUCGUGAAAAUAGUGCACACAUCACAGAAUCAGCAGGAAUAAUACAAAUUUAAUUUGUAUUUAAAGUUCCUGUAAUAAUUCUGCAAAUAAUUGUGCUAUUUUAUUUAGUUACAGUUCAAAGGAUCCUUCCUUGUUAAUUACAAAGUAAAUGGGUAGUGUUUGGAAGCGACUACAGCGCGUUAAUAAACGCGCAGCUAAAUUUCAGUUCACUGCUUCAUAUCAUGAACUACGCCUCGAGACAACUGCAAAAUGGCGACCAUCAAAUCUCGCAGUCGUUUGGACACGCCGUUCACGUCGUGUCGCUUCAGCGCCACUGCCUUGGGAGCCAGAUAUGAUGAAUCCGCUGGUCGGUCACAUAUCUUGGCCAGUGCCCGAUAAUCAUGCUAUUUCGGUCACAUUGUUCAAAGAUCCACGUACACAUGAACUAGAGGAUAAGGACUGGACUUUCGUAAUCGAAGAUAUCACACAUUUAGGUAAAAAACGCGUCUUAGCCUCUGCCGCAAUAAAUAUGCGUAAAUAUGCUAGUGUAGAGUCCACACAGCAGAGCUUUACAUUAACCCUGAAGCCGGUCUCGCGAAAAAUAACAUCAGCCAAUUUGGAAUUAACCAUUAGUUGUGUAUUUCUGCGGGAAGGAAAAGCAACUGACGAAGACAUGCAAAGUGUAGUUUCUUUAAUGUCAGUCAAUAAUAACUGUGAUGUCGCGCCACUUGAUGAUCUUGAAGAUAUUCCCGAUUUAGAAAAUUCAGGUGAUAUUUCAGAUCAUUUAUACGAUUUCACACAGCAACUUGAACAAAUGACAACGAGUCUUAAUGGCUGUAUCGAUUUACCGACGCCUUUGAGUGUACCUUCAUUAUCUGAAGAUCCAACUCCAUUGGCAGAAGUUAAUCGUUUAAAUUUCGAACUUGAACCAGAUAAACUAUACGGAGACGGUGAAGUGGAUUCACUUAAGACACCCAGCGCAAGUCAAAUGCAACAAUAUAUCGAUAGAAAACAAGAACAACAAUCGACAAUAGUUCCUCAAGAAUUAGUGAUGACAUCAAUUGCAGAACCAGAACAAAACGAAAAUUCUAUCAAACUAACUCCACCAAAUCAGAAGUUCGGGAACAUAGUUACUUCUACUCCUAUUGCAAGUUAUGCUGAGGCAAAAGCUAUUGGUAAUAAUGUGGCGAGUGAAAGUGAACGCAAAAAGCUUAAUUUUAGUGGUGCUAAAUUAACUGAGCUUAGUAGUACCGUGCCGAAAUCACCUGAAGCUGGAUUGAGUGGCGAUAGUUCUUCAAAUGCAACCACAGUAAAUGAGUCUGUUAAGAGUACAACAGAUACCUCAACAGAAACAAAUAUAAGUACUACUUUAAAUUCGACUAAAUUGAUAGUGGAAAAUAGCAGGGAUAUAGAAAGUGGUAAUACACGUUUAGAAACCAAACGGGCUGAAUUACAACCCUUAAAUUUGAAAAAGAGUUACGAGCCUGAGAACAAUAAAAAUUCAACUACUCAAAAUAGUAACAAUAUCAGUAACAAUAGCCACAGCACGACCAAUAGCAAUAGCAGCAGCACUACAAAACCUGUAGAAAGAAUAAUACUCAAAGAGAAUACUCCUGGACAGGAUUUACUUGAAUGGUGCAAAGAAGUAACCAAAGAUACACCUAACGUCAAAGUGACUAACCUAACUACGAGUUGGCGUAAUGGCAUGGCUUUCUGUGCGAUUAUACAUCACUUCGAACCUGAAUUAAUCGAUAUGUCGAAAUUGUCUGCACAUGAUGUUGUUGGAAAUUGUCGUACUGCAUUUGAUGCUGCCGAAGCACUCGGCAUACCACGUGUCAUCGAGCCACGUGAUAUGAGUCUUUUGGCUGUGCCGGAUAAAUUGGCUGUCAUGACGUAUUUGCAUCAAUUGCGUGCACAUUUCACUGGCAAGCAAUUGCAUAUUGAACAAAUUGGUCCCACAUCAGAUGAGUCCAGUUACGUGAUUGGCAAUUAUAAGUCCGACAAUCUCUCCUCGCAAAAUUUAUUAAAUUUGAGUCACUUAAAGGCACAAUUACUGCAUCAAAAUUCGUUUGAUGACGAUAUAUUUGGUAUUGAUAAAUUGCAAUUGUCGCCAACGUCCAAAAAGGAUGUCAAGAAUUUAAUACUUUCCGGUUCGAAAAGUAUUUUGGGCAAAGUACUUUCUCCCACAAAAGAUAAAAAUAGUAUAAAUGCCUCACAGCACUCGAAUUUGGGUAAUCAAACGCCACCACCCGCUGCUAACGAAAUGAAUACUAAUGGCGAUGACAUAGAUAAACUAAGUACAAGUAACCAAGAGAACAUUUCACAAAAUUCGCAGAAACAAACGCUACAGCAACAAGUGGCAGUACCACUGUCGCCCACUAAUUUGGAUCCAAAUACAGCAAAUAGAAUAUUAUCGAGACAUAAAGAAAUGAGCGAAAAAGCUAAAAUAAUGAUGGAAAAGUUAAAAAUUUCCAGUGGUGAUAAAAAUGAAAACGACGAUGAACGUCAGCAACGGCUACGUGAACAAGCACGUCGUAUUAUACUUGAAACACGUACAAAGACAACAUCAAAUGGUGGUGUACAUAGUUUGGAAAGUCCUACAUCACCUACAAAGCUUAAGCGUUUUAAUUUCUCACCGGAACGCACCAUUUCACCCAUACAUAAUGGUGUUGAAAAUUAUAGUGUAAGAAGCGGUGGAAGUAGUAAUGGCUCUCCUAAAUUGUCGCUCUCGCCUGUAAAGAAAAUUACACCGCCACGUGAUGUGGAUAAUAGUAAUAAUAAAUUAAGUCCUAGUCAUAGAUUAAGUGAACGCUAUAAUGGCAACAAUUCAUUGCAGUCAUUCAAUGUUGUUAUAGAACGCAUCUCACCAAAUAUAGAAAAGAAGGGAGAUAAACUUUCUUACAUCGAAUCAGAGUUAGAAGCACUAGAACGUGAACAGGAAGCAAUCGAUAAAAAGGCUAGCAGUCUGGAAGAGAAAUUGCGUGCUGUUAUGGGUGGCAAUCCAAAAACUGAAGAAACUGAAGAGCAACUGCUAUCACAAUGGUUUACGCUUGUAAAUAAGAAAAAUGCUCUGUUGCGUCGUCAAAUGCAGUUGAAUAUUCUUGAACAAGAAAGUGAUUUGGAAAGGAAGUAUACAAUGCUCAACGAAGAAUUACGUGCAGCUCAAGCUGUAGAGGACUGGCGCAAAACAGAGGCGCAACGUGAGAAGGAACGUUUAUUAUUAGAGGAAUUGGUUGCUAUUGUUGACAAGAGAGAUCAAUUAGUACAACAUUUGCAUAAUCAGGAAAUAGCUAUCGAAGAUGAUCAUGAGAUAGCGAGGGAACUAGAACAAGUCGAUAUUAGUGGUGGCAAAGAGAAAUGUGUUAUACAAUAAAUACUUAAAUAAAUAAUAAGAAAUGAACACUUCAAAUGACAUUAAAAAGGAAAUUUAUAGACUUCCAUGACUGUUAUCAACCCUACUAAAAUAAAAACAAAAAAGAAAAAGAACAAACUUAACAACAACUAUUAUUAUUACAAUAGCAACAAAGUUGUAAAAUUGGAUAAUUUGUACGCAUAUUUGUAUUUUGUAGCUAGUAUAGCCUACUAAAAAAAAAUCAUUUUAUUUUUCUGCUC